GCCUUCCGCCUGUACCGGAAGCUGGCUUUGCAGAACAAACUUCAAAACAUCUUCUUCUCCCCUGUGAGUAUCUUCACAGCACUGGCCAUGCUAUCCCUGGGGGCCGGCUCAGCCACAAAGACCCAGAUUCUCCAGGGUUUGGGCUUCAGCCUCACCAAGACCCCAGAAUCCAGCAUCCACCAGGGCUUCCAACAGUUGGUCUGUUCCCUGAAUGUCUCCAGCAAAGACCUGGAGUUGAAGAUGGGGAAUGUUCUCUUCAUCAAAAAGGAGCUGAAGCCACAGACAAGUUUCUUGGACAAUGUCCAGAUGCUGUAUGGGUCCAAAGUGUUUUCUAUAGACUUCUCCAACCCCUCUGCUGCCCAGAAGAGUAUCAACAACUACGUGGAAAAGGAAACCAGAGGGAAGAUUGUGGACUUGAUCCACCACCUUGAUCCCCUAACAGUCAUGGUCAUGGUGAAUCACAUUUUCUUUAAAGCUAAGUGGGAGAAGUCCUUUGACCCAGCAGAGACAAGUAAAGGCACUUCAUUCCUGGUGGACAAGGUGACCACUGUGCAGGUCCCCAUGAUGCACCUGGUGGAGCAGUUCGCCUUUGGGGUGGACCUUCAGCUGAACUGCACUGUGCUACGGAUGGACUACAGUGGAGACGCCCAGGCCUUCUUCAUCCUCCCUGGCCAGGGAAAGAUGGGGCAACUGGAACAGGCCUUGUCUGUCCCAAGACUGAGGAAAUGGAAACAUCUGCUCCAGAAGAGGUUGGUAGAGAUAUUCAUGCCAAAGUUUUCCAUUUCUGCCUCUUAUGACCUGGGGACCAUCCUCCCAAAGAUGGGCAUCAAGGAUGCCUUCAAUAACAACGCGGAUUUUUCUGGAAUCACAAAGAAACACUCCCUGUGGGUUUCCAAAGCCACCCACAAGGCAAUGCUGGACAUUAGUGAGGUGGGCACAGAGGCAGCAGCAGUGACAGACACCAGGCUCACGGUCCGGUCAAAGGAAAAGCCCUCCCAGGAUAUUCCUGUCAUCGCCUUCAAUAAACCCUUCAUGAUGCUUAUCACAACACCAGACUCUAAUAAUAUUAACUUAAUAGCAAAAAUUGUCAACACCACGAAAUCCUAG